AUGCAGUCGAAAAGAGAGAAGCUCCUCUUGAUUUGCUAUUUAUUGAUAGUUUGUUUAUCCUACUCGACAUGUAAGCAUACGAAAUACUUUGUGGAUAGCGCUUAUUGCAAGAUGCCCUUUGUGGAUCCCUUCAGUCGGGAUGUAAUGUCAACAUUUCGGACUCAAAAGCUGAAAGUCUGCCACCACGAUAAAGAUUUGAUCACACCUGAGUUCGACCCAAUAACAAAGCGCUACCGUUUGCACAUACACAAGGAGUAUGUUAAUGGUACGAAAGGAAAUAUAACACUGAAUUGUUCUUACCAGAAAAUUUCAAGAAGCAGUAAAGUUUUGACUCCAGAUAACUCUUAUCGUUUAUCGUACCGCCGUGCGUUACCUCAUCAUUUACUACUGCCAAAGGAUGUUGAAUUUCUUACCACCUCAUGCUCAACCAAAGACAAUGGUGGAAACUCAACAGUCUUUCAACAAGAUGGUUUUGCUCUUGUUCAGGAUAAAUUCACGCCUAAGCAGUUGAAGGAGAACCGCAGGAUAAUGAACUCAAAGGACGUGCCCAAGCCAAGUGUGGUAAUUAUGGGUCUGGAUUCCACCUCCCGCAUGAACCUAAGACGAUCGAUGCCCAAAGUAUCGAAGUAUGUCGACCAAGAGGGGUGGUUCGAGAUGCAGGGAUACAACAAGGUUGGCGAUAACACGCUCCCCAAUCUGUUGGCUGUACUCACUGGAGAUGCGAGCACAGGCCCUAGAAAUGGAUGCUCUCUAAGAGACCGAGGUUGCCUGGACAAGUUCAACUUCAUCUGGAAGAGGUACAAGGAAGAGGGAUAUACAACCGCUUACGCUGAGGACUGUGAGCUGUACAGCACAUUCAACUACAUAAUCCCGGGGUUCGUACAUCAACCUGUGGAUUAUUAUCUGAGACCCUUUCUAUAUGCCGCCGAAGAUAGCAUGAAGCUGACUUCGUAUUUAACAAACGCAUAUUGUGUGGGCCGCCAUUUGAGCUUCAGAUACGUUUGGGAUUUCGGUCAACAGUUUAUUCAGCGAUUUUUGAAGGAGGCUCCCUUAUUUGGAUUUCUGUGGAGCAAUAGCUUUACCCAUGAUUCCAUGAGCGGAGCCUCGGCUUUGGAUAACCUUUUCAAUGAGUAUUUGGAUAACUUCCAAACGCUGGGACUCUUUAAUCGUUCGGUGGUGAUUUUUAUGAGCGAUCAUGGAGAUCGGUUCAACAACCUGAGAAACAGUCCCUCCGGCUUUCUUGAAGAGCGCCUUCCCAUGAUGUUUAUUCAUGUGCCACCUUGGUUCAAGGAGAAGUAUCCCCAGUAUGUAGAAAAUCUAAAGAAAAACCGCAACCGCCUGUCUUCAAACUAUGAUCUUCAUAUGACCUUGCACCACCUUCUUCAGCUUAACAAUUCCUCGAUGUCUGAUUUCAAUUCAAGUCUUCAGGCGGCCAAGUGUAAAAAUUGUCAAUCGCUGUUCUUUGAGCUUCCAGUUAAUCGAACUUGUGCAGAAGCGGGCAUUGAUGAAAAAUGGUGCACUUGCCAUCCACCGGAAAAAGUCAACGAUCCCAAGCUAAAUCAGGAAAUUGGUCAGACUAUAGUGGACACCAUAAACCAACAUUUUCGGGAGAAAAAUGUCACUGAUACUUGUCACGAAUUAAGGUUAGGUCACAUCCGCCACGCGUAUAGAAAGAUGAUCCUGGCAACAGCCGACAAGCCUUCGGAUCCGGAUGAGCACAUUUACACCAUGGAGUUUUGGACUCUUCCCAAAGGACUGUUUGAAGCCACUGUAAAGUGGAAUAAGCGAACUCAAGUUCUGACCAUGAACGUAGACGAACUGAGCAGGUUGAAUACCUACGAAAAGGAUUCCUGGUGUGUGAAGGAGGCUCAUUUAAAAAAGUACUGCAUUUGCUAUGAAGCACUAACAACUACUACACACUCUCUAAAUUUCAGAAGUUCCUCCUGAAUUCUUUACUAUGCAUGUUUAAAUAAAUAAACCUCUUAUCUCUAUGAAAAGUUA